AUGAUUGUAGAGACAAAAAAAAAGAAAUUAUGUUGCGAAUCGUGUUUGUAAUAGGAUGUCAAAUUUCUACCACCUAGUGAGAUUCAGAAAAACAACAAACUCCAAAAUGAUAAAGCAGUCAAGGAGCUCUAUCAAAAUGGAGUGAAGCACUAUAAAUUAGGGUAUUUUAACUUAGACCCGAUUUCCAUUUAAUAUGAUGGAAAAUACGAAAGGUUGCGUCUAGAUCAUUUUGAAGUUGUGUAAAAACUCCUGUUUCAUUUGAAAUUAAAAGAGAAAUUUUAAAGUAACAUCAAGAAUGUGCUUUUUAAGAUUGAGUAAAAUAUACGAGAUAAUCACAAUUCGUUAAAUUAGCUUUUGCAAUAAGAGGUCCCUUUUAGAGAUUAAUUAGAAAAGGUUCAAAAGUACAAUUAGGCUGUAAUUGCUUUAUGUGUUUCACAAGAAUCAGAUACAUAUUUUGAUGACGAAAAUCAACAGUGUCAAAUUAACUAUUAAAUUGCUAUCAAUGAAUAGGAAAGAACUAUUUCAAGAUUGAAAACACAAGUACAACAUCAAAAUGUGUUAAUACACAAGAUUCAAUAAAGCAUUAAUGAACCUAUGCUUGGAGUGGCUGGUUUAUUGAAUUAAGUUGGCUAAUUUAAAUAGAGAAUAGAGGAACUAAACACGGAAAUUGAGAAUAAAAAUAAUGAAUUAGUCCAAGAGCAAUUCCAACUAUAAACUGUUCACUCCAUUUUGGAUAAGAUAAAGAAUCUCUUAUAGAAAUAUCCUAGUUUAUUUAGAGAAAUUACAGCGAAUAAUAUUAUCAAUAUUAAAGAAUUUUAAUAUGAUUUAGAAUAAUUGUAUUUGUUAUAUAGUCAAGGCAAACAAUAUGAGAAGAAUAUGGCUGCUCUCCAAAAUUAGUAUGACAGUCUGUUCAAGGAACUUUAAGAUGAGAAGAUCAAUUAAUCUAAAAUGGUGAAACAAGAAUCUUACAAUAAAGAUCCAAAAUUAAAGAAAAUAAUAGAAGAUCUGUCUAGAUUGAUCCUAUCAAAAGAUCCAAAUGGGAUGUCAAAUGAAUUAAGAGAUCUGAUCAAAGAUUUAUAUUUGAAGAAUCAUUAGGAUGUGAUUUAAGAUUAAGAAAGAUAAAUCCAACUGCUUAAAAAUUAGGUUAAUCAAAUAGGAAUUGAAUAUGAAAACUUCAGAACUUCUGUUAGACAUUCCGAUAAACCACCCUACUUUGAAGAAGAUUAAUAUACUCAAUCAUUAUAUACAUAAGCCCAGGCCCUUGAAUAAGUGUUAUUAAAAAUUAAAUGA